AUGAUCAACAGGCAACGACUAUCACUAACAGGUCUGCGCCUCUUCAGUUGUUCCUGUAUGGUAUCAUCAGGAGCUAGGAUGCUUGCUAAUAAUCCCCCUCUUGCCGAAGCGCGACCCUUCACAACAGUGGUCAGAGAACAGUUGUCCAGCCUUAAUACGUGCUUCUACUUCAAAAAGGGCGAGAUCGAAAUCCUGCCAACUCCUGCAUCGUUCUACGAGACUUUAAAAGAUAAAAUUUGUUCAGCAAAGCGCAGAAUUUUUAUAGCAUCUCUCUACAUUGGGACAUCGCAAGAGGAACUGAUAGCUUGUAUCUCGAAGGCUCUCGAUCACAACGAUAAUCUGCGAGUUUACUUCCUCGUCGAUGGGCUGCGAGGCACUAGAGAAGCUCCUAAUGCCUGCUCUGCCUCCCUUCUGUCUAAGCUGGUAAAGGAACACCAAGGGAGAGUUGACAUUCGCUUAUAUCGAACGCCAGAACUCACCAAAAUUAAAAAUGCAUUGAUACCUAAGCGGUUCAAUGAAGGCAUAGGGCUACAACAUAUGAAAAUAUACGGUAUUGAUGAUGAGGUAAUCUUAUCGGGUGCUAACCUGUCAAGUGACUAUUUUACCAACCGACAAGAUAGAUACUACUUGUUCAAGUCUAGGGGCUUUUCAAAUUACUACUUCGACCUCCAUAGGCUCAUAAGUAGUAUGAGCUAUCAAGUGCAUUACUCUGAAUCACUUCAGAGAUUCAAAAUGGUUUGGCCCAAGAAUAAUUUGACAGUUGAGCCUCUUCUCAAUCGAAACGAAUUCCUCAAAACGUGCUCCGAAGCCUUGCGCAAUUUUCUUGCUGGAAACUCACAAGUACCGUCCCAACUUCCGAUUUCUAAUGAUGAUGAAUAUCAAACUGCUGUUUACCCAAUUUCCCAAUUCACACCGAUCUUCAAAAAGGGAGUGGAUUAUUCUACAGAGAAGCCCACUAUUCUCAAAAUCCUCUCGUGCAUCACUGAUAAAUCAGUAAAUUGGACGUUCACAGCUGGAUAUUUUAACAUGCUACCAGAAAUUAAAAAACUAUUGCUUCUUUCUCCCUCUGAAAGAGGGAACGUGAUAACUGCUUCUCCACAAGCAAACGGGUUUUAUCAGUCAAAGGGCGUUUCAAGACAUCUGCCAGGAGCAUAUUUACACUUGUCUCACAAGUUUCUUCAAGACGUGAGAGCCAGCGGCAAAGAGUCGCAGAUUCUUUUAAAAGAGUGGCAAAAGGGAGUGGUUAACACGCCGAAUGGUUGGUCCUACCACGCAAAGGGUAUUUGGCUUUCCGAAAAUGACUCAACAGAUCUUAGACCAGCAGUGACAAUCAUCGGCUCAUCCAACUAUACUAGAAGAGCAUAUUCGGUUGACUUGGAGUCGAAUGUAGCGAUAGUGACAAGAGACUCUGACUUGAAGGAUGCCAUGCAAGCAGAAGUCGACCGUCUUAUUGCCAAUACUAGAGAAAUCACAACCCAAAACUUUGAAGACGAGCUUGAUCGUCAAGUAGGUUUCGGUGUUCGUGUUGCAACCAAAAUAAUAGGAAAGCGAUUGUGA